CACACACACUCACACACAGUUUGUCAUCCACUUUGCUGUCAGUCACCUGAGCUGUCACACAGCAAAAAUGAUGAACUGAGAACAACACGAGAAAGAGCAUCAUGACCGGCAGACUGAUAUUACUAUCGGCCCUCUGUGUGGCUAUUGCCGCACAGACAACUACACCUGGAUCACUGAGCACUGAAUCACAGAACAAAGAUCAAACAACCACUGAUGUUCCCACAUCCAAAAGGACAGAGACACUGCCAACCACUGUCAACACAGCCUCUGAAGAUUCAAAAAUAACUACUGAAAGAACAUCUGCAGAACCUUCGACACCAACUGUUGUACCAACAACCCUUUCUACAAAUGAUGUUUCGACCAUUGUUGAAGCUUCAACUGUUACUGAAAGUCACGCAAGUGAAUCAUCUGCAGAACCAAACACUACAAUUCCUGAAACAUCAGCUAAUGUCCCUUCUUCAAUCGAGGCACAUACAGCUACAGUUAGUCUUUCUACAAAUGCUGUUUCUACAACAGUUGAAGCUUCAACUGUUACCGAGAGUCCUGCAACUGAAUUAUCUGCAGAACCAAACACUACAAUCACUGAAGCAUCAGUUAAUGUUCCUAGUACACUCGAGGCACAUACAGCUACAGUUAGCUUUUUGACAAGUGCUGUUUCCUCCCUAGUUGAGGCUUCAACCAACAAUGAAAGUCUAGCAACUGCGACAUCUGCAGAACCAAACACUACAAUUCCUGAAACAUCAGCUAAUGUUCCUUCUUCAUCUGAAGCACAUACAGCUACAGUUAGCUUUUCUACAAAUGCUGUUUCGACUAUAGUUGAAGCUUCAACCGUUACCAAAAGUCCAGCAACAGAAACAUCUGCAGAACCAAACACUACAAUUCCUGAAGCAUCAGUUAAUGUUCCUAGUACACUCGAGGCACAUACAGCUACAGUUAGCAUUUCUACACAUGCUGUUUCCUCCAUAGUUGAAGCUUCAACCAAUAACGAAAGUCCCACAACUGAAAUAUCUGCAGAACCAAACACUACAAUCCUUGAAACAACAGCGAAUGUUCCUUCGUCAACCGAAGCACAUACAGCUACAGUUAGCUUUUCAACAAUUGUUGUUUCUACAACAGAUAAAGCUUCAACUGUUACAGAGAGUCCCGCAACAGAAACAUCUGCAAAACCAAACACUGCAAUCCCUGAAACAUCAGUUAAUGGUCAUAGUACGCUCGAGGCACAUACAGCUACAGUUAGCCUUUCUACAAAUGAUGUUUCCACCAUAGUUGAGGCUUCAACCAAUAACGAAAGUCCCACAACUGAAUCAUCUGCAGAACCAAACACUACAAUUCCUGAAGCAUCAGUUAAUGUUCCUAGUACACUCGAGGCACAUACAGCUACAGUUAGCAUUUCGACAAGUGCUGUUUCCUCCAUAGUUGAAGCUUCAACCAAUAACGAAAGUCCCACAACUGAAAUAUCUGCAGAACCAAACACUACAAUCCUUGAAACAACAGCGAAUGUUCCUUCGUCAACCGAAGCACAUACAGCUACAGUUAGCUUUUCAACAAUUGUUGUUUCUACAACAGAUAAAGCUUCAACUGUUACAGAGAGUCCCGCAACAGAAACAUCUGCAAAACCAAACACUGCAAUCCCUGAAACAUCAGUUAAUGGUCAUAGUACGCUCGAGGCACAUACAGCUACAGUUAGCCUUUCUACAAAUGAUGUUUCCACCAUAGUUGAGGCUUCAACCAAUAACGAAAGUCCCACAACUGAAACAUCUGCAGAACCAAACACUACAAUUCCUGAAACAUCAGUUAAUGUUCAUAGUACGCUUGAGGCACAUACAGCUACCACUAGCAUUUCGACAAGUGCUGUUUCCUCCAUAGUUGAAGCUUCAACCAAUAACGAAAGUCCCACAACUGAAUCAUCUGCAGAACCAAACACUACAAUCCUUGAAACAACAGCGAAUGUUUCUUCGUCAACCAGAGCACAUACAGCUACAGUUAGCAUUUUGACAAGUGCUGUUUCCACCAUAGUUGAGGCUUCAACCGAUAACGAAAGUCCAGCAACUGCGACAUCUGCAGAACCAAACACUACAAUCCCUGAAACAUCAGCUAAUGUUCCUUCUUUAUCUGAAGCACAUACAGCUACAGUUAGCCUUUCUACAAAUGCUGUUUCCUCCAUAGUUGAAGCUUCAACUGUUACCAAAAGUCCAGCAAUGGAAACAUCUGCAGAACCAAACACUACAAUCCCUGAAACAUCAGCUAAUGUUCCUUCUUUAUCUGAAGCACAUACAGCUACAGUUAGCCUUUCUACAAAUGCUGUUUCCUCCAUAGUUGAAGCUUCAACUGUUACCGAAAGUCCCACAACGGAAACAUCUGCAGAACCAAACACUACAAUCCCUGAAGCAUCAGUUAAUGUUCCUAGUACACUCGAGGCACAUACAGCUACAGUUAGCAUUUCUACAAGUGCUGUUUCCUCCAUAGUUGAGGCUUCAACCAAUAACGAAAGUCCCACAGCUGAAACAUCUGCAGAACCAAACACUACAAUUCCUGAAACAUCAGCUAAUGGUCAUAGUACGCUCGAGGCACAUACAGCUACAGUUAGCCUUUCUACAAGUGCUGUUUCCUCCAUAGUUGAGGCUUCAACCAAUAACGAAAGUCCCACAACUGAAACAUCUGCAGAACCAAACACUGAAAUCCAUGAAACAUCAGCUAAUGUUCCUUCUUCAUCUGAAGCACAUACAGCUACAGUUAGCCUUUCAACAAAUGCUGUUUCUACAACAGAUGAAGCUUCAACCGUUACCGAAAGUCCCGCAAUGGAAACAUCUGCAGAACCAAACACUACAAUCCCUGAAGCAUCAGUUAAUGUUCCUAGUACACUCGAGGCACAUACAGCUACUGCUAGCAUUUUGACAAGUGCUGUUUCCACCAUAGUUGAGGCUUCAACCAAUAACGAAAGUCCCACAGCUGAAAUAUCUGCAGAACCAAACACUACAAUUCCUGAAACAUCAGCUAAUGUUCUUUCUUCAUCUGAAGCACAUACAGCUACAGUUAGCCUUUCUACAAAUGCUGUUUCUACAACAGAUGAAGCUUCAACCGUUACCGAAAGUUCCGCAACAGAAACAUCUGCAGAAUCAAACACUACAAUUCCUGAAACAUCAGUUAAUGUUCAUAGUACGCUUGAGGCACAUACAGCUACCACUAGCAUUUCGACAAGUGCUGUUUCCUCCAUAGUUGAAGCUUCAACCAAUAACGAAAGUCCCACAACUGAAACAUCUGCAGAACCAAACACUACAAUCCUUGAAACAACAGCGAAUGUUUCUUCGUCAACCAGAGCACAUACAGCUACAGUUAGCAUUUUGACAAGUGCUUUUUCCACCAUAGUUGAGGCUUCAACCGAUAACGAAAGUCCAGCAACUGCGACAUCUGCAGAACAAAACACUACAAUCCCUGAAACAUCAGCUAAUGUUCCUUCUUCCUCUGAAGCACAUACAGCUACGGUUAGCCUUUCUACAAAUGCUGUUUCCUCCAUAGUUGAGGCUUCAACCAAUAACGAAAGUCCCACUACUGAAACAUCUGCAGAACCAAACACUGAAAUACAUGAAACAUCAGCUAAUGUUCCUUCGUCAACCAGAGCACAUACAGCUACAGUUAACUUUUCAACAAAUGCUGUUUCUACAACAGAUGAAGCUUCAACUGUUACUGAAAGUCCAGCAACUGCAACAUCUGCAGAACCAAACACUACAAUCACUGAAGCAUCAGUUAAUGUUCCUAGUACGCUUGAGGCACAUACAGCUACCACUAGCAUUUCGACAAGUGCUGUUUCCUCCAUAGUUGAGGCUUCAACCAAUAACGAAAGUCCCACAACUGAAACAUCUGCAGAACCAAACACUGAAAUCCAUGAAACAUCAGCUAAUGUUCCUUCUUCAUCUGAAGCACAUACAGCUACAGUUAGCCUUUCAACAAAUGCUGUUUCUACAACAGAUGAAGCUUCAACCGUUACCGAAAGUCCCGCAAUGGAAACAUCUGCAGAACCAAACACUACAAUCCCUGAAGCAUCAGUUAAUGUUCCUAGUACACUCGAGGCACAUACAGCUACUGCUAGCAUUUUGACAAGUGCUGUUUCCUCCAUAGUUGAGGCUUCAACCAAUAACGAAAGUCCCACAACUGAAAUAUCUGCAGAACCAAACACUACAAUUCCUGAAACAUCAGCUAAUGUUCUUUCUUCAUCUGAAGCACAUACAGCUACAGUUAGCCUUUCUACAAAUGCUGUUUCGACCAUAGAUGAAGCUUCAACUGUUACCGAGAGUCUAGCAACUGAAUCAUCAGCAGAACCAAAUACUACAAUCCCUGAAGCAUCAGUUAAUGUUCCUAGUACACUCGAGGCACAUACAGCUACAGUUAGCAUUUCGACAAGUGCUGUUUCCUCCAUAGUUGAAGCUUCAACCAAUAACGAAAGUCCCACAACUGAAAUAUCUGCAGAACCAAACACUACAAUCCUUGAAACAACAGCGAAUGUUCCUUCGUCAAUCGAAGCACAUACAGCUACAGUUAGCAUUUCAACAAUUGUUGUUUCUACAACAGAUAAAGCUUCAACUGUUACAGAGAGUCCCGCAACAGAAACAUCUGCAGAACCAAACACUACAAUUCCUGAAACAUCAGCUAAUGUUCCUUCUUCCUCUGAAGCACAUACAGCUACGGUUAGCCUUUCUACAAAUGCUGUUUCCUCCAUAGUUGAGGCUUCAACCAAUAACGAAAGUCCCACUACUGAAACAUCUGCAGAACCAAACACUGAAAUACAUGAAACAUCAGCUAAUGUUCCUUCGUCAACCAGAGCACAUACAGCUACAGUUAACUUUUCAACAAAUGCUGUUUCUACAACAGAUGAAGUUUCAACUGUUACCGAAAGUCCAGCAACUGCAACAUCUGCAGAACCAAACACUACAAUCACUGAAGCAUCAGUUAAUGUUCCUAGUACACUCGAGGCACAUACAGCUACUGCUAGCAUUUUGACAAGUGCUGUUUCCUCCAUAGUUGAGGUUUCAACCAAUAACGAAAGUCCCACAACUGAAACAUCUGCAGAACCAAACACUGAAAUCCAUGAAACAUCAGCUAAUGUUCCUUCUUCAUCUGAAGCACAUACAGCUACAGUUAGCCUUUCAACAAAUGCUGUUUCUACAACAGAUGAAGCUUCAACUGUUACCGAAAGUCCCGCAAUGGAAACAUCUGCAGAACCAAACACUACAAUCCCUGAAGCAUCAGUUAAUGUUCCUAGUACACUCGAGGCACAUACAGCUACAGUUAGCAUUUCGACAAAUGCUGUUUCCUCCAUAGUUGAGGCUUCAACCAAUAACGAAAGUCCCACAGCUGAAACAUCUGCAGAACCAAACACUGAAAUCCAUGAAACAACAGCCAAUACACAUACAGCUACAGUUAGCCUUUCUACAAAUUCUGUUUCCACAGCAGAUGAAGCUUCAACUGUUACUGAAACUUCAGCUACUGAAACAUCUGCAGAACCAAACACUACAAUCACUGAAACAGCUAAUGUUCCUUCUUCAUCUGAAGCACAUACAGCUACAGUUAGCCUUUCUACAAAUGAUGAUUCCACCAUAGUCGAAGCUUCAACUGUUAUCGAAAGUCCCGCAACUGAAUUAUCAGCAGAACCAAACACUGAAAUCCAUGAAACAACAGCUAAUACAUAUACAGCUGCAGUUAGCCUUUCUACAAAUGCUGUUUCUACAAUCAUUGAAGCUUCAACCAUUAAAAAUCCGACCCAAUAUACUGUCAACUCUUCAAAUCCACCAGAGACAGAAUCUGUAACUACUGAAGGACUAAACCCCAGUGUUUCUGCAACAGAUGAAGCAACACAUGCUUUCCACACAAACCCCUCAGCCCUAACUAGUGUUUGGAUCCCAUCGGUGGUGAGUCCAGGUAAUGCACAGUGCAACGCAACACAAUCAAAUGAAACAGCACCAUGCAGUCUCACUACUGCGAGCACUACCAAUCAAACCCUGGACCGCUGUAAUCCCAUCAAUCUCCGAAAUUUCAGCUCUCUGGGAGUUUCUUCAAUCGAGGGCAUUGCUGACACUUUUGGUGCUUUAGCCACACUGACUGCGGAGAAUGCGCAGAACGUGGAGUUUGUUCAGUCUUGGCUGUGUGUCAAGCUGGUUCCAAUUCUCCCAUUUGUGAACUCAGACUUCAUGUACAACAUGAGCAAGAUCAACUUUUCAUGUGCCUCCUAUCAGGAAAUAAUAAAAACACUCAGUGAGCAGGCGACACAAAUCAAUGAGACAUUAAAGUCCUCCAUCUACACCCAGUUCAUUAAGCCAUUCUUGUCUAGAAAAUUUCCAGAUGCUGCCUGUAAUUCUAACAAUAUGAGCAGCGCAGACUGGCUCAAUAGGAAUUUUGCUGAGUUCUCCAAGUAUGCUACCUUGAAGGACCUUCAAACUCUAAACAGAGACUUUUACAAUGCAAGUAGACAUUCAUACUUUCCAUUCACAGCAUUUAUUUCUUUAAUGUCAGAAUUGUUGAUAAAACUGCUGUUUAUAAUAUGAUUCA